AGCUGUUCAACACAGGAGCUGCCUGUCCUUGGUCUGAAUAAAUGACCCCCUGACCACUGUUCUAGAGCGCGGAUUUCUCCCUGGUGUCCUGACCGGCACUCUCCUCAAAGCGUGGUCGAGCUGGUUAUCAUCACCUUGUUGUGGGCAAUUAAUCCUCUGUACCUCCCACAUGACGACGGUGACUGCCGCCCAAUUCUGCCUGACCUGCUGAGUGUUUACGCACUUUCUGUGUUGGUUUGCAGUGGGUCAGAGUGUCAGGGGAUCUGAGUCGAGGGUGUACGAAGAGGUGAUGUGCCGAUGGACUGCGAUCUAACUGAAUGAUGGAACAGUCUUGAGGACCUGAAUGACCCCAGCCUCUUCUCCUGUUAGUGUUGAGCUGUAGCCUCUGUGGGGAUAACAGCUGGUGGCCGGGACCAUGGUGCGUCACCGCGUGAACUGUGACGGCCUUCCUCAGUAUCACCUCCGGCGGAUCGGACGCAGACCCUCGCUGCCAAAAGUCAUCAACUUUAUCAACUUCAACAAGCGGGUCACCCUGAUCGGUCGCAACAGCGAGGUUGUCGAUUAUGUCUUGAGCUCUGCCAAUGAGUUGCGGAAGAGGACCAUCUCUCGGACCCACGCCCGUGUAAUCCGCUCCCCCUCAAGCAACCAACACCGGCUGGUCGACUCCAGCUUCACCGGGGUUUACGUCAACGACCGGCGGCUGGACGGUGAUGUUAUCCUGAGUGAAGGAGACACCGUGACGUUUGGGCAUCCGCAGAACUCCCGCGUGGACCGAGGAGGGAGGGUCCGCCAACCUAACUCAGAAUUUCACUUCAUGUUUGAGCUGUGUGACUGCGAGCAGGGACAAGGCACAGAACAGGGUCAGGAGCCCAGGCCCUGCACCGCACCACCGGUGCAGCCCCCGUUGGUCUUGCCUGCGGCUUGCCCAAGACUUCCAGCUCCCCAUUUGCUUUGGGGAGCACUGCCAAGCUUCGUGCCAGGGCAGCUGUGGGCCAUGGGGGAAGCUCGAGCUCGUACCAGCGACGUUGUGGCACUGCGCGACUUGGGGAAAUCCACGACAGUCACAGAGGUUCGGGAGCAACUCGCACCUGCGUCUGGGGUGGUGUGGCUUCCGUACCCGUGGUGUGGCCCAGAACAGAUGGAAUUGGCAAGCCGGGGUCUUGCCUCAACAGAUCCUGAUGCACGUUCACUGGCAGCCCCAGGCGUACCACCUCAGCCUCCAGUGACACCAACACAGCCUUCCCUAGUGAACGGUGACUCCCCCAUCAUCCGUGGAUCCACAGGUGGGACAUAUCUUGAUUCCCACACAAAGGAAUGCAGUCUGUUUCCCCCAGUCCCCCUAGCCCUUUGGAAUGGAUAUUUGAACAGGGCUGCAGAGGGAGCAGUGUCGGGGGAAGGUGAGUCAUCCAGGAGGCGGUUGCCUGUCUUCGAGGAUAGGCUCCGCUCCGGGGAAGCUCGUCAGCUGCCCUCCGAUCGAUGGGAGGCGCCGGCAUCUCCCUCCGGACAGGACAGUCCUGCAGGAGCGAAGACCAUGACAGACCGCCGCUGUGCAUCAGUGCCCGUGUCCCGCUUUCACCGGGAGCAGAACAAGCACACGGGUGAAGCCUGCGUGGCAGCGGCUGCCUUCUGGCCCACGGGUGGAGUGGCUCUGCAGGGUGGAGUCAGCACCCGCACCACACCCUGUCCAAAUGUUGUACCAGGUGGGGGUAGCACCGGGACUGCACAGGAUGAAAUCCAAGGCAACAGUGCGGGCAGUGCCCGAUGUAGGGAGCCUGUGGCGGGGAUGGAGUGGGCACCUCCCAUGAACAAGGAACCGCCAGAGGACACUGGAGCAGGAGAUGUGACUAAAGCAACAGAGGCUGCGGAGCCGCCACUGGGUCACGGUGUCACUGGGCAAUUUAAGCAGCAUCAGGGUGACGACACGCUGACUGAGCUCACGGUGCACGACAGCACCUUCACACAGGAGGUACCAACUGUUCUGGGUGCGGACACUGGUUGCUUGUCGGGAGGCUCUGUAUCUUCAAUCGGAGAGGUCCGUGGGGACCCAGCUUUGUCUGACUGGCAGGCAGGGGAGAAUGAAUUCCAUGUGGAUGAUGAAGGCUGCCAGAGUAAGGGAGGUGAUCCGGUGACGGACUCCUUCCGCAGUGCUGCUCGGUGGCAGGAUGGUGCUUCCCAGCCAGGUUUGGGGAACACGGGUGAGACUGACACUCCAGCCCCCCUCCCACAAAGUGAGAGAUGGCGUGGUGCCGUGAGAAAUUCCUCAGAGGGCACUUUUGUGGAAGGUAAUUCUGCAUCUGAAAGUUCAUUUUGUGUCCAAACUCUGGAAAUUUUAGAAGACCCUGACAAAAGGCUGGAAGAUGUUUGUGUGAGUAGAGAUGUUCCUGGGCAACACUCCUCACUUGAAGGUAGAAUUGAAAACGGCACAAUGGUGGACAUGGAAAGUGAAGAGAACGGGGGUUUGCAUGGGGACCCUCAGACAUUACUCGGGAAUGCUGUUUGUGCAGAGGAUGCGCUCCCUAUACCCAUGGACAUAGGGUUAACUGCUUUGAAUGGGCAAUCUAUUGAAGCUAAGUUGGAUGACGACCAUCUCAUUGAAGCUCGAGCAACUGAGGACACAAUCACGGAUUGCACUGGGACUGCUGGAAAUGGCACGGAGCUGAGCUCAGCCUGUGAGGUUCAGCUGUCAUCAGACGGUUCCUACAUCUGUGCCACUGUUGUCGAUGAGCUGGAAACCAGCAACAUUCUGGCUCUGAGGACAGAAACUUCUAAUUCUUUACCGAAAGAUACUUCAAGUGCGCUCACAAAGCAGAUGGGAAAAGCUGGAAGUUUGAUUAACUCUGCAACGAGGGAAGGAUUUGGGUCCCUGGUGGAGUCACAAGUUGCACACAAGCUGGAGGCUGUAUCUGUGGGACGAUCUGAGUGGAUAAAAGAGGGAGGAGAUGGGUCAUCCUUUGUGGAAGCACCUGCAGCAGUUCCUGACACAUCUUGGGUCAAGUGUACUGCGUUGGAUGAUUCUGUGCCAAACGCUGACUCUUUUACCUUUGCCUCAGAGACCAAACCUGAGUCAAGGUUGGCCCUGGAAUUGGCCAGGGACAUGGACAGCUUUCCAAUUACCACCCUCUCAACCUUUGGCCCUUCUGUCCCAGGUGUAACCAGCAGAGACAGUAAAUGGCCAGUGAUCCUCCCUGGGAAGUUGUGCUCUCCUCUUGUGGGACCUGAGCAAGGAGCACAGGAUCAAGUCAGCACAGCUGGCCAACCCACGGAAGGAGACUGUGCACGUGCGAUGCCUGGAGAUGCAGUCGGAGCCCUCGGGGACAGUGAGACCCACAGGAAGACACCAAGGGCUUCAUCCAAAGUAGAUGUGGAAGACACGAAAGCUCAGGAUGAACUAAACCUGACUGACCAAAGGGAGCUGGAGAUGGACGAGGUACAGGAGAUGGAGACAGGCGUGUCGCAGGAGAUGGGUGGGCAAAGAGUUGACCUCAGAUGUGACGGUAAAUUGCUUCCCUUGGAAGGGACAACGUGCCUGAAUGUUCUGAUGGAAUCGGAGAUCGCAACCCUUGGACGGGUUGGUCUCUGUGACACUUGUCUCGUCGUAACUAAUGGGGAAGAAUCAGAGUCUGAUGCCAAGGAGGCCUCUGUGAUGCUCCACCUCUCUCCAAGAGCUGACCCUGAGCUGGCUGGAGAUUCCAUCGAAAAGGGCAAAGAUAUGGAAGUAGAUCCAGUGCCUGAGUGUGCAGGCGGGAAUGUGGAUGUAGCUGACGUCAAUCCAGUAGCAGUGGCGAGGAAUACUACUUCACCAGAUGUGGGAACUGUUACAUUAUCAACCAGCUUGGAGUGUGAUGUUAUCAAUAAACCCAUCUCACCUGAGCCUUCUGCAGCUGCUGGUGACUAUAUGGAGAAACAACAGGAGGUGUCUCCCCCUGAAAGAGCAGAGGCACACUCUGAGUUGGAGCUGACAGAUCCUUUGGCCGUGCCUCCCUCGCUGAGUGAGUGUGUUGAGCCCGACUCCCAUGGAGGUGAGGGACAGUUGCCGGAAUGCCCUGCCUUGACGAGGGAGGAAGGAGAUGAGGCAGUUGGACGGUUAAUACCAGCUGGAGGUCCCAUUGCUGCUCUUGUAAAGUUGGGCACGACCGUAGGUCCCGAGUGGCGCACCAGUAGUUACACAGCUGGACCUCCCCCCUCGGUGGCGUCCUGGACCGGAACUGCUCCCAGCCCACCCACACAGACCGAAAGCCGGAGCCAGGCAGCAACAGGAGAGCCUGUAGAGCAGAGCUGCAGUGAGCAUUUAGCCUUGGAACAACCCUCCCAUGGAGUUCCGAGCAGUGUGGCCGCUGGCCUGGAAGGUGAGGACCUGCAGUUCCCGGUGAAGCCACAGGAAUCAGAGAACCUGCUCCGCGGUGGGGAGGUAUCAGAUCCAUCCCAUGCAGGAGUGUCACUGGUGGGCCAGAAGGCAGAGGCCAAUCCGUUCUCAGUGCCUGAAGCUGGGGAGGGUCUGAAUAAGGUGGACGGUGAACCAGCAGAAGAAAGAUACCUGGUGUCUGAGUAUCUCACCACCAGAACAGUGCCUGGAGCUACUGCUGAGUUGGGUGGACACAGGGAGGAUUUCACUGACACGGGUAAAACCGAGCUCAGUAGUAAUUCUAUUGAAGACGGGGGAAAGUUCCAUCUGUCCAAGGACUGUGGACCAGGAGUAUCCUCCCAGUCAGAGACCUGUAAAUCUGAGAAGACAGAGGGAGGAGAGCGAGAGCUGUGUUCAACCCAGUGGAUGCAUCAUGGUGCCCUGGGUAUGUCUGAUACAGAAGACUUAUCCUCAGUACCUUCGGAUGGCUGUAGUCAGGCCAUGGAGCCAGAGACAGAAGGAAGCCCACUGACGGCAGUUAGGACUGUCCCACUAGGAUGCUGGACCACAACCAAAGUCUGGCAGUGUAGGGUGGGUGGUCUGGUGGCCCUGAGGUGCCCGGGGAGGGUCCUUGCUUGUGAAAACAUCAUGGAUACCAAAGGAGAACCCUGCAGCUCGGAGGGUCCCACUGUCUCUGUGGGGGGAGCAGACGCCCCUGUCCCACAGAGUGCCACUGUCUCCAAAAUGGGAGCCAGUAUCUCCACAUGGUCUUGCCCCACUGUCUCCAAGCAGGCGACCAACACCCCCAUGUUGCAGGGGUCCACUGUCGCUAAAGGGGGAACUGACAUUCCUACCCUAGAGGAUCCCACUGUCCCUGAGGGGGGGACCAAUGUCACCUCAAUGUGGGUUCCCACUCUGUCCGAGCAGGGAGCCAACAUCCUCACAUCGCAGGGUCCCGCUGUCGCUGAGGGGGGAGCAGACAACACUGCCCCACAGGGUGCCACUGUCACUGAGGGGGGAACAGACGACACUGCCCCACAGGGUGCCACUGUCACUGAGGGGGGAACAGACGACACUGCCCCACAGGGUCCCACUGUCACUGAGGGGGGAACAGACGACACUGCCCCACAGGGUGCCACUGUCACUGAGGGGGGAACAGACAACACUGCCCCACAGGGUGCCACUGUCACUGAGGGGGGAACAGACGACACUGCCCCACAGGGUGCCACUGUCACUGAGGGGGGAACAGACGACACUGCCCCACAGGGUGCCACUGUCACUGAGGGGGGAACAGACGACACUGCCCCACAGGGUGCCACUGUCACUGAGGGGGGAACAGACGACACUGCCCCACAGGGUCCCACUGAGGGGGAAGCCAAUACCUCCACAUCGCAGGAUCCUGCUGCCCAAAUGGUAGAAUGUUUUGGGAAGGAAGCUCUUGUGGCUGCCGGUUACAGAGGUGGAAAUGGUGCUGAGUGGAACCGAGCCUUGCUGGGUGGUGAAACCCUUCUGUGUGAAGGUCCUCUGGCUGUAACUGUGGCUGAGACAACAACAGCAGAGCAGAGGGCGGCAACAGGCGAUCCCGAAUGGCACGGUGACAUUGUUCCUGAUGAGUGGCUCCUGGCUUCGGAAACGCAGCUGCCUUUGGAUGCCACGCUUGGGGUAGAGUUGGAAUUGAGUGGGACAGAGGAGCGUGAGCUACCUCCAGGCGAGGCGGGUGGCUGUUUGGCUGCAGGGUUCACCAACCAGUUGGAGCGGAGUGUGGCCACUGCUGAAGAGGCAACGCGAAUUGGAGUGAAAAAGUCCCAGGGAUCUGGGGGUUCUCACUUCCCAUCGGAUUGCAUGGAAAUGGGGAACUCUGCAGAACUGGUGGAAGGCAGACCAGCAGAUCCCAGUGAUCUCCAGAGGGCUGACCUCCAAGAGGAUGCAGCCCGAGGAUCAUCCCCGGGUGCAAAGAAGGACGAAGAGAAGCCUGGAGACUUGGCGCCGGGACUUAGUGACACUGUGAUCGGACACCUGCAAUAUCAAGGCAGGAACCACUUGGAAGCACUUGCCGCAGCUGGAGUUGGACGAGGGGCUGCAUCUGCUGGGAUGGAGCAGGCAGAAGGUGAACAAAGAGGGAGUGGUCACCUGUUUGAUGCGUGUCGGCCAGUGGAGAGCAAUGAGCUGUUGGCCCGAGAUGAUUCCAGCGAUGUCGGUGCCAACGGGUGUGUGUUGGAAACAGAAUUACAUUGCGUGUGUCCUGCGGAUCCAGAUACCCGAGAGGAGAGAGGGGUUCAUUCUCCAGUUACCUCUUCAGCUGUCGCUCCGGCUUCUGUGCAGGAAGCCAGUGAGGUAGGAAGCACCUGUAAGGCAUUGACUGGUGGUGGAGAGAAGCCCAUUCCUGGAGGCUCAGGUAACCAGGGACUUGUGGAUGAGGGGCACGAGGAAACAAAGGAGCCUCCAGCUCCUGAGUGGAGGUCAGGACCAUCUCCUUCAUGGGCGUCUGUGAGACAGGAGGAGCCACUUCGGACACCAUCAGGCUCUGACAGUCAGCGUCUGGAGCUCUGGGCCUGUACCAAGGCAGUGUUGCCAUUGGCUUUGGUAAAGUCCCAAGCUUUAGAAACUGAGAGGAAGGAUGGAUGGCAGGGUGAGAGCUUGGAUGAAAAAUCUAAAUUGGUGACUGACACUGCGGUAUCUGUAGGCCUGGGGUCACCUUGUGAGAUGGGGCAGGAAGCAGGUGGGGGCUCCAUUGAGAGUGAUGAUUCAUUGGCUGAUUUUGCCGCGUCCUGGUGCAAUGGAUGGCUCCUGAGCACCCAAGUUCCAGAUAACUCAAAGAAUGAUGUCAGCGGUUCAGAGCAGGGAGAGGGUUUGAGUACUAGAGCAGACAGAAUUGACCCCAUUACUGAACCCAACCAGAUUGUCACAGGACUGGUCACCUCCAGUAGUACUGACUCAGCUAUUGGGGCUGGUGCUGAUCUGGGCCAGAUAUUGACAGCUGAGGAACCCAAUGGGCACAGCCUUGUAGCCAAGGAGGUCCAACUGGACACAUGCCCUCAAACAGAAUUCCCUAAAGCGAUGUCAGUCUCGGUUGAAGAGCCAGCAGAAGAUCUCCAGUUCGAGGAUCAGCGUUCAGAGGAGAACGGUGACUCAGGUCCAGCUCCUGUCCCCAGGGAGUCUGACCACCAUGAGGAGCAGCCAGGAUUCUCCAAAGAAGCUGAAGUGGGGCCUCGAGGUAUUGCCAAAGUGGGCAAAGCAAGGGAGUUGUGUGAUGUUGGGGAGUUUGGGGUAGAGAUGGAAAUGGGCACAGGAGCCACAGAGGGGACUCUGGGUGAGAAAGGAGUGUGUGUGUCGUGUCAGUUCGCUUCCCAAAUCAUGAAGCAGGACACUGGGGCUAUUAAGACACCAUUGUACCACCCUAACCUUGCCCAUAACUCAAGAGAUACGGACAAAAGCUUGCAACAGCAACUUGUACUAGAAAAUCCAAAUGAAGACCCUUUGAAAGGGUGCAGACCUCCAAGUGCAGAGGGACAGCCCAACAGUGGGAGCUUGGGCACUUGUGUGUUUGAGCAGGCCAACCAGGAGGGCAAGGUCAUUCAGCACAUAUCACUCAGUGAAGGAAAAGAUUCUUUGUUCCCUGAGGCACCCGUCACCGAGGUCUUUCAGGGCAAGCCCACGGUUGCAUCUGUGGACAGGGGAUGGCCUGACGUAGACUUAGAAACAAUGGAAGGAUCUCAGCAAGAUUUGGGCAGGAACGAGGUUGAAACUGCCAGCGGAAUUAAUGUAGAGUUGGGCCUCGUAGCUGACUCCACAGAUAUCAAAUUGAGCCCGGGGUGUCUGAGCCUACAGCUUUCAGAGUCUAAAUCAGAGGAGGAAGGCAUUGCAGGCAGCUGGAGCUCAGAUGGCUCAAGGCAUCUUGGUACUCGAGCAUUAAAGAGACCUCAUGCAAGUGAGGUGGCGGAUUUGAAUUCCACAGCCACAGGACCCAGUAAAAGAAAGUGCACCCCUCAGCAGUCGGGGGCAAUGGGGCUGCAAACAGAAGAGAGAAUAAAAUUGAGUCUACAGUCCUUCUCCAAGCAAUUGAAGCAGCACCGAGCCAACUACAUUGGCAGGAUGGUCCAACAGUUCUUUGCUGAGUACAGACAGUCUUGGAAGUGCAGGGUACCAAAGCUCGCAGUGGUGAACAGACGAGAUGAAGUGGCCAGAAUUGUUGAGGAGUUCUUCAAAACUCUCAGUGUCGAGUCCAAAGCUAAUGCAGUUGUCACGUCACAGCAGAGCAUGACGUCCUCUGCCACCAGCCAGUGGUCCACCUGCUCGGGCUCAGAACUCGGCCAGGGGUCGGGGGAAGACCAUGAAUCCUUCCCUCUGGAAGUGUCUCAGAAACGAGAAGAGCAGCUUGAGAGGCCCUGCUUGAUUGGUCAAGGGCUUGCCCUUACACAUGUUGCUGACGGUACCAGGCUUUCCAAGACAGCAGAGCGCAGCCUGCCUAUCUGUCACUCGUCCAGCGAGAUAAGUUGGCAUGAUCGAGAUGUUGGUGACUUGGACACAUUCCCUCUGCCAGAGGGCAGUGACAUUGCUCAGCAAUCAGAAACCAUCCAGGAAAGUAGCCGAGAUACUACCUCGGACCUUCUCAGAUGUUCUCCCCACUUUGGUCAAAACACAGGAGACAUCCAGAUAGAAGGGGACUCUGCAACUGAGGGUUUUGGUCCUUCCUUUUGCUUUACUCAGGAUUCAAGGGUUUACACGGAGAAGGCUGAGGCUCCCAGCACACACGAGAUGGGGCCCCUGUCUCUACCUCCAUGUUCUUCCAUUGCUGAAUCCCCUGAGGAGCCAGGACAUGACCGACGUAGUGAGUACCAGAGCUUGACACUGAAAGGGACUUCCUAUGAUGUUGGUGGAACUGAGGAGAUGGCUUGUGAUGGAAGGGAGUCUUUGUUGUUGGAAACACCUAAUACACCAUGUAGCUCCACCCUUGUAGAAAAUGUUAAAGUGGCCAGGACAGAUUGGAGGAGCUCUUCCUCUCCAGCUCAGCGGACUGUUGAACUGGCUGAGGAUGGUGUAGCAGCAGUGCUUUAUGAUGGUAGAUCCAGCUCAGAUGCAUUAGCUCAUUUAUCUGCCCUGUGUCAGGAUAUCCAUCCUCCCAACCUUGCAGACUCUGGUCAAAUGGUAGAAGAACUGUCCCCUCUUGACCAUAGUUACCUAGAUCAGAGGUGUGAAGGCAUGGAUGGUCUCAGUGUAGUACAACCAUCAGCUCCUGGCGUCGAUGGUCUUAAUGCAGCACAGUUGGGUUGUAGCAACAGUAAGGCUGAGCCUGUUAAUGUAGUAGAACCAUCAGCUCUUGACUUCAGCAAUAUGGAUCGUAAUGACAACAGUGUUGAAAGUGUUAAUGUAGCAGAACCAUCAGCUCUUGACCACAAUAAUAUCGGCUGUAGUGACAACGAGAGUGAACCUGUUAACGUAGCAGAACCAUCAGCCCUUGAUUACAAUCCUCAUAAUUGUAGCAACAAUAAGGUUGAACCUAUUAAUGUCAUGGAACCAUCAGCUCCUCACCACAGAAGUCUAUAUCAAAGUGACAGCAAAAUUGGUCUGAGUAUAGUGGAACUAUUAACCCCUGACAACAUUGAUCGGGAUCGUAAUGACGACGAAGUUGAACCUAUUAAUAUUGCAGAACCGUCAGCUCUUGACAACAAUGAUCUGGGUUGUAGUGACAAUGAGAUUGAACCUGUUAAUGCAACAGAAUCAUCAGCUCUUGACAACAGUGACCUGGGUCUUAGUGAAGACAAAGUUGAACCUGUUAAUAUUGCAGAACCACCAAUUCUUGACAACAAUGAUCUGGGUUGUAGUGACGAUGAGAUUGAACCUGUUAAUGCAACAGAGUCAUCAGCUCUUGACAACAGUGACCUGGGUCUUAGUGAAGAUGAAGUUGAACCUGUUAAUAUUGCAGGACCACCAAUUUGUGACAACAAUGAUCUGGGUUGUAGUGACGAUGAGAUUGAACCUGUUAAUGCAACAGAGUCAUCAGCUCUUGACAACAGUGACCUGGGUCUUAGUGAAGAUGAAGUUGAACCUGUUAAUAUUGCAGGACCACCAAUUUGUGACAACAAUGAUCUGGGUUGUAGUGAUGAUGAGAUUGAACCUGUUAAUGCAACAGAAUCAUCAGCUCUUGACAACAGUGACCUGGGUCUUAGUGAAGACAAAGUUGAACCUGUUAAUAUUGCAGGACCACCAAUUCUUGACAACAAUGAUCUGGGUUGUAGUGACAAAGAGGCUGAACCUGUUAAUGCAACAGAAUCAUCAGCUCUUGACAACAGUGACCUGGGUCUUAGUGAAGAUGAAGUUGAACCUGUUAAUAUUGCAGGACCAACAAUUCUUGACAACAAUGACCUGGGUUGUAGUGAUGAUGAGAUUGAACCUGUUAAUGCAACAGAAUCAUCAGCUCUUGACAACAGUGACCUGGGUCUUAGUGACGAUGAAGUUGAACCUGUUAAUAUUGCAGAACCACCAAUUCUUGACAACAAUGAUCUGGGUUGUAGUGACGAUGAGAUUGAACCUGUUAAUGCAACGGAAUCAUCAGCUCUUGACAACAGUGACCUGGGUCUUAGUGAAGAUGAAGUUGAACCUGUUAAUAUUGCAGAACCACCAAUUCUUGACAACAAUGAUCUGGGUUGUAGUGACGAUGAGAUUGAACCUGUUAAUGCAACAGAAUUAUCAGCUCUUGACGACAAUGAUCUGGAUCAGAGUGAAAAUGAGGUUGAACCUGUUAAUAUUGUAGAGCCAUCAGGUCUUGACAACGAUGCCCCAGGUCAUGGUGACGAUCAGAUUGAACCUGUUAAUGUAGAACGAUUACUCCUUCACUGCAAUAAUCCAACUCACAGCAACGCUAAGAUUGAACCUGUUAAUGUAGCAAAACAAUCAGCUCUUGACCGUAGUAAUCUGGAUCAUAGUGACAAUGGUGUUGAAAGCGUUAAUGGAGCAGAACUGUCAGCUCUAGUCCACAAUACUCUGACCAGUGUCACGGGUGGCAAGUCAGCAGCUCCUCUUGGGCGCUGUACAGAAUGGCAGAGUAUCCCCAAUUGUCUGCCAGGCGCUGGAAGUUGUACGGCACCGUGCAGGGCCCCUACUGACUGUGUAGAUCCCUGGCAGAGCCGUGGGGAAGGUUCAGUUUGGGAGCUGUCAGACUCUCCCCGCCCUGAUCAGACAGGAACAGUGGGCUGUAUGUCAGGCAGAUACAGUGGCAGAGAACAUCAGUCCAGUCUGGCAGAGUCCCUCCAUUUGCCUGCCAGCCGAUUAUCUGUGCUGGAGGUCAAAAACCCUUUGAGGGCAGCAUCUCGGAACGUCAUCGUGGAGGAUCCAGCCUGGAGUGAGACCUGGUCCCAGCUGAGGUUGGAGAGCGGUCUCCGUGUGGGAAGGAUCAGCUCGGAGGAGACACCACAGCUGGAGACGCCCAGAGAUUCCAUAGCCCACAGAGGCAGGUCCGAUAUCGACUGGAGAGCACAUGGUGGAUUUGUUAGUGGGUCUCGGGAAGCCUUGGGAGUGGCAGGAGAGAGCCUCGCAGCUGGCGGAGUGAGCUCAGUGCCUUUUGCAGAGGAUGUGAAGAUAGACAGAGGCUGUGCUCCCACUGAUGGGACGGACUGCAGCUCUUCUUCCACUUCCCUGCCGUCCAGCCUGCCAAGGGCCAGGGAUUGCUCUGCCGGGCCGGUCAGGAACCUUUACCAGGAUCUUCGGAGCAACUCCCCCUUGUUGACGGAUCCCCGGCCGGUGGGAAGGGAGCAGCCAAUCCUCCAAGUGGUGGAGGCUACCAGGCUUGGUGGUAGGGGUACCAAGGAGGUUGGCCCUUAUAGCUGGCACUCCACACCCAGUGGUCCAAAUACACCAGCCUGCCCUCCUCCACCGCCAGCCGAUCAGAGCCUGGUGUUGUCGACCAGGAGGAGGAUUGGUGAAUCGGGGGCCAGGGCGGGUGACAUUGGCUGUGAGAGGGAUGGCGCUUCACUGAGCUGUGGCAACCAGCUGAAGGCCAUCAAGAAGGAAAGAGGAAGUGACAGGGAGGCUGGAGACUGUGCCUGUGGGCAAUGGUCCAGACCCACCAACUCCUUGCCGGUGUCUGGGUGCCCGCUCACCACUUCUAGUGCAGUCAGCUGCCUUACUGAGCCGACAGCAGGCUUUGCCCACCCCUCUGCUGCCAGCCACUGCCCCACACUGCCUCUGGACCCCGUCUCCUGGGGGAGCUUGGAAUGGCAUCCCGCCCGUACACCUCUUGAGAGUCCUGCUGUCGGAUUUCCUGCCCUGUGGAAUGCCACUCCCCCCCACGCUGAGGUCCCUCAUCCCCAGCCAACCCAGAGCCCCUCCACCCAGCCCAGGGUCAAGUCUACUGCUGCCCUUCCCUCUGACCCUCCGGAACAAAGCUCCCCCGCCCCAUCCCUGGAUCAGUCAUCUCGUGCAGAUCCCUGCAACGUUAGGCUUCCUCGUCAACACCUUCCCUGUGGUCACGACGAUGAGAUGUCAUUCCCGCUGGCUGAAGCGGAGUGUCCCCAGGAUUCUAAGGGGAAUUUGGACCAGGUGAAUUCUCAGGACUACACCUUCUGCAGGCUCUCGCCCAGCUGUCUGGGCUCGGACAGGGCAGGGCUACCUCCCAGGCGUGGCAGUGGGAGCAACCAAGCUGAAUUCCACCCACCCCAGAGCGAAUGGAACCCUGCUCGGCGUGACGUGACUGUGGGAGCCGGGUGUUGUUCGGAAGGAACUGGUGAAGGUCCACAGUGGUCGGCGUUUCCAGAACACCAGGGGGAAAGGAGCCAGGAAACCUGUCAGCCUUCAGAGCACGAAGCAGCUUUUGUCCAACAGUCAGUGGAGCAUUGCUGGGCUUCAUCGGACCAGGACAUCAGGUUCCAGCUGAGGGAGUGCAACCUGCUGCUGCAGUACAUCUCCGAGGCGCUACAGGCUGAGGGUGUCGCCGAGAAGCAUGUAUUAGAGUGGAGACAGACGAUUAAGGAGCUGGAGGAACAGACUGUGCCUCCUCUGACCUACGUGGCUGUGGUGGGAGACACUGGUUCGGGGAAGAGCAGUCUGCUGAACGCCCUGUUGGAUGAAGAGGGUGUCCUGCCCACUUCUGCCAUGAGAGCCUGCACUGCUGUGGUUGUUGAGGUCUCACACAACACCAGCUCUUGCCACUACAGGGCUGACAUCGAGUUCUUCUCUGAGGAGGAGUGGAAUAAGGAGCUCCUCUCGCUGCUCAGCGACAUGACUGACAAAAGGGGACGACUGAAGAGACGGCGACCAGAGCCCGGUUCUGAGGCCAGCGUGGCGUACAGCCGUGUCAAGGCGGUUUACGGCAAAAUUCUCCCCUACUCAGAGCUAAAGCAGCUUCGGGAGGUCACACAGUACCUGGGGACAACCACGACCAUCAGUCAAGCACAGGCGAGUGAAUUCCGCUCCAAGGUGCAGCGUUUCGUCGAUUCCCGCAACGAUUCCUCGAGCAGCAGAGGUGGUGAGUUCUGGCCUAUCGUCAAGAGGGUGCGUGUCCAGGUGCCAAAUUCUGCGGUGCUACAGACUGGCGCUGUGCUGGUCGACCUGCCCGGGAUUGGGGAUUCCAACGCUGCGAGGAACUCUGUGGCCAAGGAGUACCUGAAGACGUGUGAUGCAGUGUGGAUUGUGGCCAACGUUACCCGAGCGGUGGAUGACAAGACGGCCAAGGAGACACUGGACGAGAGUCUCCGGAGGCAGUUGCUGAUGGACGGUCAGUUUGGCCGCAUCGCCUUCAUCUGCACCAAGACCGACUCGCACAAUGUCACCGAGAUCAUGAGUGCCCUGUCUAUGAACGAUGAGUGCAGCCCUCUGGAAGCUGAGAUUGCCAAGCUAAGGGAUCAGAUUGAACAGCGACAAGUUGACCGAAAGGCCUGGAGAUCAGAGCUGGAAUGGAUACAAUCCAGCAAUCAGAAUGGAGAAAGAGCCAAACAGCUGGAACUGGCUAUCAAGCAGCUGGAAAUGGAGUUAAUUGAUCUCCAUCGUGAAAAAAGUGUGAAGCAGAGAGAACUCUCCCUGAACUCCAUCAGGGCUCGAAAUUUCUUCUGUAAGCAAAAGAUUCGCCUGAAUUUCAAGAGGGGACUGCAGGAUCUGAAAUGUCAGGCCAGGGCUGCAGAUACAGAUUCUGAUGAGGAGCAGGAGGAGAGUGAUGACGAGGAUGCGGACGAGGAUGAUGACGAUGAUGUGCAUGAGGUGUAUCCUUUGCUGGCAGAAGGCUCUGGCCCAGACCCCCACCUGGAGUCGCAGCUCCCUGUGUUCACCGUCAGCUCCACUGAGUACCUGAAGCUGAGGGACAAGCUUCAACGUGAUGGUCCCCCACGGGUGUUCCACAACAUCGAGGACACAGAGAUUCCUGCAGUGCAGAGAUUCGUCCAUCGGAUCACCCUGGCAAGGCGAGCGCUCGGCACUGAGGUGGUCAUCCGCAAGCUGGCCACCUUUGUCAGUCACAUCGUCAACUACUUGACCAAUCGCAGAGCCCAGAGUGCCUCUGACCAGGCAAAGGUACGGGAGGCAGUGCAGGACUGCCUGUCCCGCGUCCGAGAGAUCUUCCAGCAGACGGCCGAAGAUUGCAGCCGGGACAUCGAGAACUCCUUUACAAUCAUCAAGACGCAUCUAAACGUGGGGAAGAAGGUGGCCAUGAAGAGCUGUGAGGACACUGUGCUGCGCUGGGGGUCACGGCCUCCCAUUGGGUUUCCAUAUGCAACCUAUAAGGCAACGUGUAGCCGUUACGGGACCUUCUCCUCUCCCGCAUGUGGAGCCGUCGACUUCAACGAGGAGCUGAGCCGACCGUUGCUAACCCACCUGCAGGUGGUGUGGAACAAGGAGUUCAGUACUUCUGUGCCACAGCACCUGGUGAGGUUUAAAGCUGCUGUCCUGAGGAAACUGGAAUAUUUCUUCAACGACUUGCUGCAGCGAAUAAGACGGAUUGAGGGGGACAUUCAGCCCAUCAAUUAUAUUCUGUGCCAGCAGCUCUCUGCUGUGCGCGCCAAGCUGGAGAACUUUGCCAUCAUGCUCCUGCAUGACAUCACAGCACGGCAGCGAAUCAUCUCCAGGAUCUUGACUCCAGCCGUUCAGGCUGGGAUGAUGCCGGCCUACUUGGUGUGCGCUUCGGAGUCUGGACCACGCUGUUUUGACCGGAUGAAAUCCCACAUGGAACAACACAGCCACAGCCAGAAGGAGCAGAUCUUCACCGCCACUUGCAGGAAGCUCACAGACCAGCUCGAUCUGUUAAAGCAAGAAAUCCACUCUCGCCUGAAGCACUUUCUGGAUGAAAUCUGCAAUGAACUAUUGGUGCAGUUUGAACCCCUUCUGAAACCACUACGGAUAAUCGAUGAAAUAAUCCCCAAGCUGGACAGCAUCUGCAAGAGAACGACUGCUUUGUGUGAGAGAUCCCAGAUUGACUUCACUUUGCCCAAGAUUGAAGAGAAUGACAAGGAACCGGAGCCAGGCACGUUCCUGAGGACACCAGAGGAACUGGGGACCCCACCACUCCAGGAUCUGGAGAAGUUCCUGGGAAAAGUCAAGAUAAUGAAAAUCAAUCAAGAGGACGUAAAUCCAAUUGAUCCCAUUGAGAUUUCGUUGGACAAGGUGGUUCUCAAGUAUGAAGUAUCCUACAACCUUCAGGAGGAACCUAUCCCAUUCCAGCUUCUCUCUGCCUGUGAGUUCUCUACCGGCAUCCCCUUCCUCAUCCUGACCCACAAGACCAAACGCAAGGGCAGGGGGCGGACGGACGUGGUGGUCUUGGAUGAAGAGCAGACCCCUCCCGUGUUUGGCCAGUGGAUGCAGGCGGUGGCAGAUCGGUGGCACUUGCAGCUGAAGUUCAGGCGCCUCGAGGUGUUGCAGGGAGUGCAGAGGCUGCAGUCGCUGCAGGUGAUAUACCAGGGCCCCAAGACCAAGGUGCCGAUCGAAGAGGAGGCGCCGUUUGUUUGGCCAGGAUCAAGCGAGGACUCCUCAACUUCCUCCCCCUGCGACUAUGCCGACAGUUUCCCUCUGAGCAGGAAGAGAGGGUGGUGGGAGAUGGAGCGGCCAGGAGCCCUCCCCAUGCAUCAGGGGACCCCUCACUGGGAGCGGAGCUCACAGCUCAGCACAGAGACACAAACACAGCCUCCCGUACUGAAGAAGGAGAAGGGAGACUGGUGGCACUCCGGACCCUCUCAGGAUUGGAUGGACAGGUCCGAGCCCCCGAUGUUAGAGAAUGAACUCUGCAAACACCCUGCAACGGAAGACUUGGACAGUGCGUGAUGUGUGUGUCCAGCCCUGCGUCCACUCUCCUGUCCAAGGCUGACUGACUGCGUUAGCUCUGUGUAUGCCAGAGAGCAGCCUCCUCCAUCUAGCACCUGUGCUCAGAUGAUGCUCCUGCAAGGACCCUCCACAGUAUUGGCCAGGAGGGCAGGGGUUAAUGGUGCCUUGCCUGUGGCUUCAGCCUGUGCUUUAUCUCAAUCCUGAAUCUCACACGGUAACCACAGAAAUGUGAAUGCUCUUACCUGUCUCCCAUAAGAAACCUGCAGAAACAUUGGCAGGUCAAAGGGGAGAACUUCCCCUGGCGAUGAGGUGCAAUUGAACGGCCGCGGUGUUUUUAUACAAUUGUCGACAGAAUGGAUGUUGCUGGCAGCCUCCACGUUCACUGACAAUCUCUCCUUAUCCCUCUGCUGAAGUCAACUAUGUACCUGAGGGCGCGGAAGGACAAGGCUCAGUGACCUUGCCUUUGAAGUUGCAGACUGUGUGCCGGAUUCCUGGUCUGGGAACUGAGUUUCUGUGGUGACAGCCACAGGUGACGUGCACUCUCCUACAUUGUCCCGCGACUCUCUGCUCCGUCUUGGUCAAGGCCAUGACCGUCCCACUGCAGCUGAGGGGGUCUGGAGCUGUACUGAGAUACCUGCACUCCUCUGACACUGGUCCCCUGCCUGUGCACCAGGUUCAGGAACUACACUUCAGUAACUGCUGCUUAUUUUCUGUGCUGCUGCCUGCCAGAACUCGCUGAACCAGAGAUUGUCUGCUGUUUAAUGUUUUUAUAAAUCAUACUUCUGCUUUGCUCCAUAUUUCAGGGUUCUGGUUGGUUCCGUUCACUCACUUUUGGUUCGUUAUUCCUCAAUCCGGCCUGGCACAGAUCACAGAAUCAUUGAAACAUACGGACAGAAACAGGCCCUUCAGCCCAUCUUAUACCUGUCCACACCAAUCCUGUCUGCCUGCAUUGGGUCUGUAUCCCUCUGCACCUUUCCUAUCCAUGUGUCUGUCCAAGUGCCUUCGAAUCACUGUAAUCAUUACCACCUCCUGUGUUGGCUCGUUCUAUGUACCCUCCACCCUGCCCACCCACCUCCGUCUUAAUCAGCCGUGCACUGCAGCCAUUCCAGUCUGCUCGAGGACAUUCUGCGAUUG